AUGGGGCUCGAGGCAACGGUUGAGGCUCAGGAGAGCUUCCCCACCACCCAGCCUGCUUUUCGUUUGACGAGCCACUUCAAGGAUAAGCACCCCUGCGGCGACGUCUACACCGGCUCAACUCUGAUUGGCGUGCCCUUACUUGCGGGUGGCACCGUCAAGUCCGUUGGCGACUUCCAGCCGCGCUGUAACUUCACGAUUGCCAGCUCUACCGAUUACUUCACUGUCGACGCAGACAAGACCCACGGUCGGAUCGAUGCCCAAGCCAUCCUUGUUGACGAAGAGGGCCGUGCGGUCCGUCUCCGCAUCGAUGGUGUCGUUGCGCUGAACGAGCACACGCUACCGCUGAUCCAGAACGAGCCAAACGCUGCCAACUCACCAUUUGGCUAUGGCGUUGAGUUCCUUAAGUUUGAAACGGGACAUGAGAUGUACAAACCUCUCGAGAGCAUGCGUUUUGCCGGAAGCCAGCGAUUUGUGUACUUGGACGGUGUUCGCACCGGUGUCGAGGUCCGCAUCUCGCGGGUUGUUUCAGGCACUGGAGAGGCCUAG